AAUACAAGCGGGAAGGAAACAAUAAAUACGGGCUUAUUGAUGUUACGUGCUUCAAUAUUUAUAAAAAUUCCUCGACAGUAUGGCAGAUAACUGGUUGGAUGAUGUAGAGAGAUGGAAGUGGAAUUGGACUGAGUUAUGUGGACAUCGUGGAGGUAUUAAUCCAAUGAAUCCUGAAACGGAUGACUUGAGUAUAUGUUUCCAACAGCUUUGUCUUCAGAUACCAGUGUUAGCUUUCUUAGCUAUAAUUUCUGCAUACCACAGUGGGAAAAGAAGUACAUCUUCAUCUCAACAACAGCAUAUUUGUCAUGUUAUAAACUUAAGGAUCUUAAUUACAAUAUGUCUUGUGAUAUUGCCCAUUAUAAGAGCAUACAUUAUUCUAACUAAUACUACCAUACCUCUGGGGCUUAACCAAGUGCAAGACUAUAGCACGUCAGUUCCAAAAGCAUUGGACAUUUCCAUUCACAAGAACAUAAAUUCAUCAUUAGAAAAUGAAACAGAUAUCAUAAGCAAGAUACGUGAUGGAUUAAAUCAUACUCUUAGAUUUGUUGAAUCACUUUUUUCAUCAGAAAUUGGUGUUAAGGAUACUACUACACCCCCCGCUAUAUUAUAUACCAAUAAUUAUGAGUUGAAUAUUACGGAUAAAUUUACUUCUGCUAAACCGAUAGAUUAUCUUGUAGCAGGAACUGAAGGUUUGGCAUGGGUUGUGCAUCUUUGUUUUAUUUUAAGCUUGAAACGUGGACGAAAUCUUAACCCACGUGGACCAGUAUUAAUACGAGCGUUAAUAUGUCUUUUGAUUGUUGUUUCUGUGCUAUUAUUACGAAGCCACAUCAAUAAUAAGUCUAAAGACGAUGUAUUGCCAAAUUUAUCAUUGGGAUUCAGUAUUACCACAGUUAUUCUUUUAAUAUUAUAUGCUAUAACAUUGAUACCUGGUCCUGCUAGGCCGGAACGGAUGAGAGCAUCAUUGCAGCGAAAUAUAGGAGAACACACUCCACUACUGAGUAGUCCCACUUCAUACGUACAAUUUCCAGAGGAACACGAUCCAAAUUACCUUGGCAUAGCUAUGGAAGAUACAACUAUUAUUUCUAAACUUCUAUUUCAUUGGGUAACACCGUUAAUGGAAAAAGGCGUAAAGGGGCUAAUAAAUCAUUCUGAUGAUUUGUUUGAUUUACCCGAUCAGAUCGGUACCAUUACAAUCAGUCAUAAAAUUGAUCAAUGCUUACAUAAUAUGCCAAAAAUGAUAAAUAAUAGAAUCGAAAAUAACUUGGAAGUACCGCUUCAUUCGAGUGUAAAAAUAGUUACAAAGAAAGUGACACUGUUCUACUUGCUGCACAAAUGUUUUGGCUGGGAAUUUUAUGCAGUUGGAAUACUGAAGUUUAUCGCAGAUUGCAGCUCUUUUAUGGGACCAAUAUUAUUAAAUAAAUUAAUUGGUUUCAUUGAAGAUAAGAAUGAGCCAAUCUCGCACGGAUAUCUAUAUGCGUCCCUUAUAAUAUUGAGUGCUAUAAUUGGUGCCUUUUGUAAUACUCACUUUACAUUUUGGAUGUCUGUUGUGGGCUUGAAGUUUCGUUCUGCAAUUAUUACUUUAGUCUAUCGAAAAACAUUGCAUUCUUCUAAUAUCGAUUUAAAUCACAAUUUUAAUUUUGGCGAAAUUAUUAAUUUUAUGAGCACCGAUAGCGACAGAUUGGUCAAUAGUUGUCCUAGUUUUCAUACAUUUUGGAGUAUACCGUUACAGUUAUUCGUGACACUGUAUCUUCUGCAUAAGCAAAUCGGAGUUUCGUUUUUAGCCGGUGUUGCGUUUUCAAUAGUACUUAUACCAAUUAAUAAAAUAAUAGCAAAUAAAAUUGGUAAAAUUAGUACUAAACUUAUGGAAUAUAAAGAUCAAAGAGUGAGGUUGAUGGGAGAAAUACUACGCGGGAUAACUACAAUUAAAGUUAAUGUAUGGGAGGAUCACUUCUUACGAAAUAUCUUCAAGAUAAGAGAAAAUGAAGUGAAAUAUUUACGAGGUAGAAAAUAUUUGGAUGCACUUUGUGUUUAUUUUUGGGCAACUACACCUGUCAUUAUCGCAAUAUUAACGUUUGCAACGUAUGUGUUACUCGGAAAUCAGUUGGAUGCCAAAACGGUUUUUACCAGUAUGGCGUUGUUGAACAUGUUAAUAGGACCUUUAAAUGCAUUUCCAUGGGUUCUAAAUGGUCUUACAGAGGCGUGGGUAUCUCUUAAGAGAAUUCAAAGAAUGCUGGACCUCCCAGAUAUGGACGCGUCAUUGUAUUAUACAGAUAUUACUCCUGACGUUGAUUUAUUGCUGCAAAAUGUAACAUUUACUGUGAAUCGUGCAAGAAAUAACGAUAUUGAUACAAGUCUAAACAUUGCGACUCCAUCUUCAAGCGCCGACAUUAAAAAAAGCGUUACAUUCGAAGAUGAUGAUGUUUUUACUUUAUAUAAUAUUAAUUUAUCUAUACAAAAGGGACAAUUGAUUGGCAUUAUGGGCAAGAUUGGAAGUGGAAAAACUUUACUCUUGGAUGGUAUUUUGGCUGAAAUUACAAAAACCAGUGGGAUAAUAGCGGUUAAUGACGAUCACAAAGGUUUUGGAUAUGUAAAACAAAAUCCUUGGCUACAACGUGGUACAAUCCGAGAUAAUAUACUAUUUGGAAAACCAUAUGAUCAUAACAAAUACAAGAACAUUUUAAAUGCCUGCGCACUCACAUCCGAUUUGAAUUUAUUGCCUAACAAAGACUUUACAGCUGUUGGUGAAGCCGGAAACACUUUAAGUGGCGGUCAAAAGACAAGAAUUUCCCUGGCUCGUGCUAUAUAUGCGGAUAAAGAUAUUUAUUUGCUAGACGAUAUAUUAGCGACAUUGGAUGUCAGAAUUGCCAGAUAUGUUUUCCAGCAUGUAAUUCUGGGUUUGUUACGAAAUAAAACUAGAAUAUUGUGCAUGCAUCAGACGCAAUACUUGGUUCAUGCAGAUUUAGUUAUCGAAAUGUCGAAAGGAAAAAUUAUUAAUCAAGGAAAACCGAGUGACAUAUUGCCCGAUUUGGAAGACUAUCUUUUGUUGUCAGAUUCCGACAUGGACAUAAUUUCCAUAAAGGCACAACCAAAUGAAUUUAAUCGAUUGGAAAAAGACGAGAUGGAUCCAUUACUUGACAAGGAAGCGACUGAAAAAGGGACAGUACAUUUCUCGGUGUAUACAUGUUACGUCAAAGCCAUGGGACGAUACUUGGCGAUUUCGAUAUUUUUAUCUAUGAUUCUGAUGCAAAGCUCGAAAAACAUUACGGAUUUAUGGCUGUCAUACUGGGUGACGCACGCUAAUGCCACAGCAACUAAUUCAACCGACACGUCCAGACUUGGAAAAUUACAACUUUAUUACGAUAAUUACGGUUUCCACGAUACAAAAUAUUACUUAAUAGUUUAUAGCUUGUUAGCUACAUCAAAUUCUAUUUUCACUUUAAUUAGAGCUUUCAUCUUUGCAUAUGGUGGAAUACAUGCAGCUGUAACAAUGCACAAGCAACUUUUAAAGAUAAUUAUGCGGGCAAGAACAAUAUUUUUCGAUAUUCAACCGAUUGGAAGGAUCAUAAAUAGGUUCUCUUCCGACACAUAUACAAUCGAUGACACUUUGCCUUUUAUUACUAACAUCUUGUUGGCACAUCUAUUUGGCUUGGUUGCUACUAUUAUAGUUACAGCUUAUGGACUACCAUGGAUUUUCCUGAUAUUAGCACCUCUUAUACCCAUCUAUCAUUGGAUACAAAAUCAUUACAGGUUAACGUCGAGAGAAGUAAAACGAUUAUCCAGUAUCACGUUGUCUCCCUUGUACGCCCAUUUCAAUGAAACUUUGAAUGGCUUGACGAGUAUUAGAGCCUUUCGUACUGUACCUCGCUUCAAACAGGAAAACGAAUUACUACUAGAAGCUAGUCAGAAAACGCAAUUUGCCUCUAUAGCUACCGGUCAGUGGCUUGCACUGAGGUUACAAUUGAUCGGUGUUGCUCUUUUGGCCGGAGUCAGCGUCAUGGCAGUUUUGCAACAUCAGUAUAAUAUAGCUGAUCCUGGUUUGAUCGGUUUAGCGAUUACGUAUGCGUUGUCUGUAACUGGAUUGUUAUCUGGAGUAGUGAACUCUUUUACUGAAACAGAAAGAGAAAUGAUUGCGGUGGAACGAAUCAAACAGUAUUUAGAUAACGUGCCGACUGAGAAUACAAUGGGUACUAAUCCACCUUACGCGUGGCCUAGUCAGGGUGUUGUAGAGUUUCGAGAAGUUGUUUUAAAGUAUAGAGAUCAUUUGGUGCCAUCUUUGAAGGAAGUAACAUUUGUUACGCGACCAGCGGAGAAAAUAGGCGUUGUUGGUCGAACUGGUGCUGGAAAGAGUUCAUUGUUAGCUUCAUUAUUCAGACUAACAGAAAUCAAUUCUGGAAGUAUAUUAAUUGAUAACGUGAAUAUUCAAACGUUAUCAUUCAAAGCGUUAAGAUCCCGUUUAGCUAUUAUACCUCAAAAUCCAUUUCUCUUCUCGGGUACCAUACGAGAGAACGUGGAUCCGUUGGAUCAAUAUACCGACAUGCAUAUAUACAAAACUCUCGAAAAGUGUAAAGUGCAUUCUUUAGUUCAUCGAUUAGGUGGGUUGGGCGCAAUCUUGGACGAAGGUGGCAGUAAUCUCAGUGCUGGUCAGAGACAAUUAUUUUGCUUAGUCAGGGCUGUGCUACAUAACGCUAAGAUUGUCUGCAUUGAUGAAGCCACCGCGAAUGUAGAUCAGGAGACGGACAAAUUUAUACAGUCGACGAUAAAAUCUUCCUUCCAAAGUGCGACAGUUAUUACCAUUGCUCAUAGAAUAAGAACGAUUAUGCAUUGUGAUAGGGUUUUAGUGAUGGGGGAUGGUGAAGUUCUAGAAUUCGAUGAGCCAAAUUUAUUGAUUCAGAAUACCGAUUCCUACUUUUAUCAACUGGCUAAUCAGGAAUUUUCAGAUCAAGAAUGAUUAAGCGUAUGAGGCAAUUUGAUUGUGUAUAAUGAGUGCAUCUCUAGUAUUAUACAUGGGAUUAUAUAAUGUGUAUUGUGCGCACGAUAGAAUAUUCCCAGAGAGAAGAAUUAUUUUUGUAUGAAUAUGGCAGGAUUACAUUUUUUAAAAGAAUAAUCUAAGAGAAUAAUGUCUUCGAA